UCAUUCUCCCCCCCCCGCCCCAUUCUUCUGCUUCCCCCCAUUCACACCAACCCUAAUGCGCUUUCAUUCCCCGGGGAGGCGAGGAAGAGGCAGCGGCAGAAGCAUCCCUCCCGUUUCCUACCUAUAGGCAACCUCUCUUCACCUUGAUUUGCCACCUCGAGUCCCUCGAAAGACCUCUCUCUCUCUCUCUUUUUGUGCGUGUGUGCCAUCAACCCCGGAGCUCGGGCCUUGCAUUAUAUUGCUGAGACCUUGACGUGUGUUUGUGUGUGGCGUGUUUUGAAGGGUUUUUAAUCGGUAUGCAUGCAGGAGGAAAUCUCUCUUAAGCAGCCCAAAGCUCUCGGUUUAGCCCUUUUCCACUUCUCUGCCUGGAACUGGGAAAUUAUUAUUUUUAAAAUCUGUUUAGUUUUUUUUUUUUUAAAUUUUGGUUAUGGAUCUUCGUAAUCGAUAAAUGGCCCUUUUCUGGGGGAGAAAAUUUAUCCCUGGUUUAAAGGAUCCGGAAUUUACAUAUUUUCCCCUCCCCUGCUUCCUUUCUGCGUGUUAGUGUGGUGCGAGAUAGCCAGCGAUCCCUCUCCGUCUUUUAAUUUGCGUUAUGCCUUUGGUUUGAAACCGUGGGUCGCGCGUCCGUGCUGCUUUUCCAUGUGGCAAAGGUGAAAGAGAUCGCCUGAUCCGUCGGGGUGCCAGUUAAUUCGUGUUGUUCGUGACUAAGGGGAGCGUUAGCGAGAGGUGUCGGAGAUAGGUAUAUCUGUAUAUUUUUAAAAAUAGAUUUUUAUUUAAAGUGUAGUGCGUGUGUGUGUGUGGGGAGACCCAAGAUGGCUGGAGGUGGUUGUGAGGAGCAUGUAGGCUUUUUUUUGAUCUGAUGAUAAAAGCGAAAAGGCACAGCAGCUGCGGCUGUAUAAACUCAAUUUAGAGUCCUCCCCUUCUCUCCCGGUCUUUCUCUCUCUCCCCCCAACCCACGUAAAGCGCACAUUUUGCAGGGUGGUGCCAUCCACUUCUCUCCCCCCCCCUUUAAUAGAUUCGUUUCUAUUUAUUUUUUUAAAUCCUCCAAUUAAAAAAAAACACAGCUCAAAAUGGCUGAGGACUAACCGAGUCCUCUUGGAAUUGUACAUUUCAGCGGUUCCCUUUAAGCUUGUGCGUGUCUGUCCUUCUCCUCCUCUCCCUCCCCCCCUCCGCCCCCCUCCCCUUUGCAGGCUGGUUCCAAAAGGAGAAAUAGCUUUCAUGUCAGAAGGAAAACAGAGAAGCAAAGGGGAAGAGGCGGGGGCUGGGCUCUUCAUUAGCAGUUGAGAAAUUCCUUUUCAGUUUGAUCAAGGCAUACUUGUUUUUCUUCCAGUGAGAGCAACCCAUCAUUCUUCCAAAAGACUAGGGAUUUUGCGUCAGGAGUACUGUUUUCCGUCGCUGUCUUAUAAAUGAAAAAUUGGGACAGAUUUUUGAGAAGGUGAAAUCCCAGUGUCUCUUGGGAGCAGGUUGAUCUUGGUUGAAUUUGUCUUCAGCUUCAGUUUCUGCCUUCACAAGUCCUUCUUUCUCUCCUCAUUCCUAUUUGUGAAAAGGAGUGAAGGAUGGGAGGGUCCCUUUGGCUCUAGGCUGGAAUUUCAUCCAAAUGGUACUGAGAUUGCACUGUCCUAAAGCUAAUGAAGAAUUAUUCAUAUAUUCUUUUUGCACCAUUUGGCUCCAUUAGAAGUUAGCUGUCAUAGUUUUCCUUCUUCUCCUUUGCAUUUUUCAUCUUCAGUUUGGAUUUUAUCUCCUUUUUUUUGAUGACUCAAUUAAAGACUUAAAUUUUGAAAGAGAAAGCAUUUGAAAAGUCAUUUGCUUGUGUUUAUUCAGGAGAGAGAUCAGUUAUUCCAGAUCAAAUAUUCUGCAUAAACUCAUGAUAAAUUGGCAGUGCUUAACUUAAGAGUUUUAUAUGGCAUUUGGACUCCCUGCUUCCGGAUUUUAUAUGGAUUUUUUUCAAUUCUUGCAACUCAGUGGCCUUUCUGUUGCAAAAGUGGAAACCCAACAUUCUCUACAUUGGUAGACCAAAAGCUGACUUUUAAAGAGAGUUUUUUUUUAAAAAAAAAAAAUAAGAGACAUGGCUGAAAACUGGAAGAACUGUUUUGAGGAAGAGCUUAUAUGCCCCAUUUGUCUGCAUGUCUUUGUGGAACCUGUUCAGCUUCCUUGUAAGCACAAUUUCUGUAGGGGAUGCAUAGGAGAAGCUUGGGCCAAAGAAACGGGGCUAGUACGUUGUCCUGAAUGUAACCAGGCCUACAAUCAGAAGCCUAACCUUGAGAAGAACUUAAAGCUGACCAACAUUGUGGAGAAGUUCAACUCUCUCAACCUAGAAAAGACUCCUUCUGUCUUACACUGUGUCUUCUGCCGCCGUGGGCCACCUUUGCCUGCCCAGAAGAUCUGCCUGAGGUGUGAAGCUCCCUGCUGCCAGUCUCAUGUUCAGACGCACCUGCAGCAGCCCUCCACAGCCCGUGGGCACCUCCUGGUGGAGGCCGAUGAUGUCAGGGCCUGGAGUUGCCCCCAGCACAAUGCCUACCGACUGUACCACUGCGAGGCUGAGCAGGUUGCUGUCUGCCAAUUCUGUUGUUACUACAGUGGGGCCCACCAAGGACACUCUGUGUGUGACGUGGAAAUUCGGCGCAAUGAGAUCAGGAAAAUGCUGGUAAAACAGCAGGACCGCCUGGAAGAACGUGAGCAAGACAUUGAAGAGCAGCUAUACAAGUUGGAAUCCGACAAGCGGCUAGUUGAGGAGAAGGUGAACCAGCUGAAGGAUGAGGUGCGCCUACAGUAUGAGAAGAUGCACCAGAUCCUUGAUGAGGACCUGCGCAAGACUAUGGAGAUCCUAGACAAGGCCCAAGCAAAGUUCUGCAAUGAGAAUGCUGCCCAGGUGUUGCACCUCAGUGAGCGCAUGCAAGAGGCCAAGAAGCUGCUGAGCUCUGUUCAGGUCAUGUAUGACAAGACCGAGGACAUCAACUUUAUGAAGAAUACCAAGUCAGUGAAAAUCUUGAUGGAUAGGACCCAGAACUGCACAGGAGGCAGCCUGCCCCCUCCGAAGAUUGGCCACCUUAAUUCUAAGCUCUUCCUGAAUGAGAUUGCCAAGAAGGAAAAACAGUUGCGGAAGUUGCUGGAAGGUCCCUUCAGCACCCCUGUGCCAUUUCUGCAGAGCAUCCCAAUGUACCCUUGCAACGUCAGUAACUCAGGAGCCGAGAAACGCAAGCACUCCACAGCUUUCCCCGAAGCCAGCUUCUUGGAGCCAUCCUCGGGACCCGUUGCCAGCCAGUAUGUGAGCCAGGGGGCUUCGGCUGGCGAAGGCCAGUCUGCACAACCCAUGGUGCCUUGUAGCUCCACUCAGCACAUUGUAGGACUCCCCAGCGGCCCCCAACCAGUUCACUCUGGCUCAAUGUUCAACCCUUCCCACUACCCCAACAGCACAUCAUCUCAGCAGUCAGUGCUGUCUCAAUAUGGUGGGCGUAAAAUCCUCGUCUGCUCAGUGGACAACUGUUACUGUUCUUCGGUAUCCAAUCACAAUGCACAUCAACCCUAUCCACGGUCGGGCCACUUUCCAUGGACAGUGUCAUCGCAGGAAUAUUCCCACCUUCCGCCUGCUCCUUCCGUACCUCAAUCGCUUCCAGGAUUGGCAGUGAGAGAAUGGAUUGAUGCAUCUCAGCAACAUGGACGCCAGGAUUUCUAUAGAGUUUAUGGUCAGCCUUCCACCAAACACUAUGUUACCAGUUAACCAUCUCGUUUGGAUAGAAUCCUGCUGAUUUUUGAAGAUUUUCUUUUCCUAGUUUUCGUUGUUCUUUUAAAUCAAAUCCAAUUCCAUUUAUCUCUACCACCUGCCAAAGUCUGAAAGGGGCAUUGCUGUCAUCUCUUUUAAUUUAAUUAAGUUUUAAAAUUCUCCCUUGUAUCAAGUGGGGGCGGGGGUGGGGUGGGGUGGGCAAGCUGUGGCGGAAAUUAACAAGGAUUUCAAUCAAGCAUCUACUUCUGGAUCAUGUGACAUUUGCUACUUUACAGUUUGCAAAACUUUUAAAGGGACAAAUGAUCCUUUUCUAUUUCAAGAUCUUUGGGCUCUUUGGUUUUGCUUUUAAUUUUUUUUCCUUCCCACUUUUAAGAGGAGAAAAUUUCUAUCAUUGAUUCAUUAAGAAAUGACACUUGUAGAUUUUUUUUAAGGCUGAUUUUUUUUGUGUGUUAAAAGGCCACGUAUUGUGCAUAUUGGCAAUUUUUUUCCUUCUUUCAGAGAUUUGUAAAUACACAAUGGCAGGAAAUGAAAUGCACAAAAAAAGGGAAAAGAAACUUAAAAAAAAGAAAUUAAAAAAAUCUGUUUUAGUUUUCAGGAGGGACGUGUAUGGCAAGUUGCACACAUUCCUUCCUGUGUUUUGUUGAUGCAACUUCCUCUAACAAGCACUUUGUAUUAAAAAAAAGUGGACUUCCUGUUAUAAGGCGCAGGUAUUUAUUCUGUAACCAAUUUUAGAACACACACACAAAAAUAUUCAAAUAAAUGUGAUCACUUAGUGCAAA